AUGGUGGUUCGUCCCACAGCCUCGGCUCUUCUGACCAGGCUGUUCGAAGACCUCCCCGGAACCUGGCUGCUCAAUCGCCAACUACGAAGCGCGGACCCUUCAGAGCCAUCGGGGCGAUGUGCUGGUAAAGCGCACUUCACGACGAGGCCGUCGCCUUCGCCUGUAGUUGGACCGGACGGAAAGCUGCACACUGCCGACGCAGAGCUCUUAUACCAUGAACAAGGGGAGUUUGAGAUGAAGAUGGCCACCGGUAACAAUCUGACCAGCGUUCCUACCUUCACCUUUUCAAGGAAAUACAUCUGGCGAUUACAAAAAGCCGAAAAUGGGCAUACCAUAAGUAUCUGGUUCGCCAAACCUGGAACUGAGACCAUCGACUACCUGUUCCACAAAAUCGAUAUUCCCUUUGAGGACGAUCAGAAUUCAGAAGCCGAUGGUAGACUUGUCCUCCACGGAACUGGUGGCCACCUCUGCGUGGAGGACUUUUACAGCAGCUCCUACACCUUCACCUUGUCUCGACCAAGCGAGGACUCCACCUUCAAGCUCGCUUCCUGGACCACGGUACAUGAAGUUCUCGGCCCCAAGAAAGAUCAACACAUUGAGACAACGUUUGUCAGGUCUUGA